CUCUGACCCGGAUAUAAACCCGUGGCGGACAUGCUGGUCGCUCCGUGUGAUUCCUGACGACAUGCGGGCGAUUUCUGGAGGGUUCCCAGCGGUUCUGUGAAGAGCUGACGGGGGCAGAGAACCGCCGAGCGGACGGUCUUUAGUACGAUGUUGCACAGCCUCUCCGGGUCAGAACCGAGGACCGGACCGAGCCGAGAGGAGAGCUAACCCCACAUGGCCUGCCGGUCUGCCUCUGCAGUCAUGGACGAGCAGGCGCUGCUGGGGCUCAACCCCAACGCCGACGCCCCCUACAGGCAGAGGGCGCUGGCCUACUUCGAGCAGCUGAAGGAGUCGCAGGACGCCUGGGAGGUGUGCGCCGACGCGCUGGCCAAAGGCAUCUACAGCGACGACCACGUCAAGUUCUUCUGCUUCCAAGUUCUGGAGCAUCAGAUCAAGUUCAGACACGCGGGUCUGAGCGCUCCUCAGCAGCAGCUCAUCAGAGAGACGCUGAUGACGUGGCUGCAGACUCAGCUGAUGAACGCCCAGCCGGAGAAGGCCUUCAUCAGGAACAAGGCGGCGCAGGUGUUCGCCCUCACCUUCGUCAUGGAGUACCUGACCCUCUGGCCCAAGUUCUUCUUCGACAUCCUGAACCUGGUGGGCCUGAACCCGCUCGGCGUCGACAUCUACCUGCGCACGCUGAUGGCCAUCGACGCCGAGGUGGUGGACAGAGACAUCGUGCACACGCCUGAGGAAACCCGCAGGAACACUCUGAUCAAAGACUCGAUGAGGGAGCAGUGCAUCCCCAGCCUGGUGGAGUCCUGGUUCCAGAUCCUGACGGCGUACCAGCAGAACCAGCCGGAGCUCACCUGUCAGUGUCUGGAGGUGGUCGGCGCCUACGUCUCCUGGAUCGACCUCAACCUGAUCGCCAACGACCGGUUUGUGAACCUGCUGCUGAGUCAGAUGUCCAUGGAGGACCUCAGAGAGGAGGCCUGCGACUGCCUGUUUGAAAUCGUCAACAAGGGGAUGGACCCGGUGGAUAAAACCAAGCUGGUGGAGUCCCUGUGCCAGGUUCUGCAGUCCGCCGGGUUCUUCAACAUCGACCAGGAGGAGGACGUGGACUUCCUGGCCAAGUUCUCGCGGCUGGUGAACGGAAUGGGUCAGAGCCUGGUUCUGAGCUGGACCCGGCUGGUGAAGUGCGGCAGCGCCAAGGAGGCGGCGGCGGCGCUCCACGCCGUGGAGGCCAAGGUGCCGCUGCUGCUGCAGCUGCUGGCGCACGAAGACGACGACAUCUCCACCAACAUGGUGGGCUUCUGCUACGACUACCUGCACGUGCUCAAACAGCUCCCCCAGUUGACGGAGCAGCAGAAGGCGAACGUGGAGGCCGUCAUGCUGGCUGUGAUGAAGAAGCUGACCUACGACGACGAGUACAACUUCGACAAUGAGGGCGAGGAUGAAGCGAUGUUCGUGGAGUACAGGAAGCAGCUGAAGAUGCUGCUGGACCGCCUGGCGCAGGUUUCCCCGGAGCUGCUGCUGGAGGCCGUGCGCCGCGUCUUCACCAGCACCAUGCAGACGUGGCAGACGGCGCCCUUCAUGGAGGUGGAGGUGGCCAUCCGGCUGCUCUACAUGCUGGGCGAGGCGCUGCCGGCGUCUCACGGCGCCCACUUCUCCGGCGACACGGCCAAAACCGGCGCCCUGCAGGACAUGAUGCGUACGCUGGUGUCCUGCGGCGUCAGCGGCUACCAGCACUCCUCCGUGUCCCUGGAGUUCUUCGAGACCGUGGUCCGGUACGACAAGUUCUUCAUCGUGGAGCCUCAGCACAUCCCCAAUGUUCUGAUGGCGUUCCUGGACCAGCGAGGACUGAGACACAACAGCCCCAAGGUGCGGAGCCGGGUCUCCUACCUGUUCUCCCGCUUCGUCAAGACGCUGCACAAACACAUGACCGCCUUCAUUGAGGACAUCCUGACCCGGAUCCAGGACCUGCUGGAGCUCGCUCCUCCGGAGAACGGCUUCCCGGCGCUGCUCACCAGCGACGACCAGCUCUUCAUGUUCGAGGCGGCCGGCGUGCUGAUCGUGAGCGGCGAGAGCCCGAUGGAGCGGAAGCAGGUUCUGAUGCGCAGCCUGCUGGCGCCGCUGAUGGACGCCUUCCGCCUGCUGCUGGCCAAGCUGCUGCAGGAGACGGCCGAGGAGCGCCAGGCCGCCCUCGCCGACUGCCUGAGCCACGCCGUGGGCUUCGCCAGCCGCACCAGCAAGGCGUUCAGCAACAAGCAGACGGUGAAGCAGUGCGGCUGCACCGAGGUCUACCGCGACUGCCUGCAGAGCUUCCUGCCGGCGCUGAGCUGCCCCGUCCAGCGGGGGGCGCUGCGCGGCGCCGUGCGCUCCUUCCUGCACCGCAUGAUCAUCUGCCUGGAGGAGGAGGUGCUGCCCUUCGUCCCCGCCGCCUCCGAGCACAUGCUGAAGGACUGCGAGGCCAAAGACCUGCAGGAGUUCAUCCCGCUCAUCAGCCAGAUCACCGCCAAGUUCAAGCGCCAGGUCUCCCCCUUCCUGCAGCAGAUCUUCAUGCCGCUGGUCCUCGCCAUCUUCGAGGUUCUGGGCCGACCCGCCGAGGAGAACGACCAGACGGCGGCGCUGGAGAAGCAGAUGCUGAGGAGGAGCUACUUCGCCUUCAUCCAGACCAUCGCAGGCAGCGGCAUGAACGAGGUUCUGGCCAACCAGGGAGCAGAGAGCAUGGAGCGGGUUCUGUUCACCAUUAUCCAAGGCGCCGUGGAGUUCCCGGACCCCAUCGCCCAGAAGACCUGCUUCAUCAUCCUGUCCCGGCUGGUGGAGCUGUGGGGCGGGAAGGACGGCCUGGUGGGCUUCCCUGACUUCAUCUACAAACACAUCGUCCCAGCAUGCUUCAUGGCGCCGCUCAAACCCACCUUCGACCUCUCUGACGCUCAGACGGUUCUGACUCUGUCGGAGUGCGCCCUCACGCUGAAGAUGAUUCAUCUUAAACGGGGGUCCGAGUUCAUCCAGUUCCUGCAGCACGAGUACCUGCCGUCCCUGCAGGUGACGCCAGAGAUCUCACAGGAGCUGUGCCAGGUUCUGCAGCAGCCCGACAUCAAGGUUCUGAAGAACUACAUCAAGGCCUUCUUCCAGAGAGCCAAGCUGUGAUCCAGGACCCGGUUCUGGACCUUCUGGACCCGAGGAACAUAAACUCUCCGCUCGGCACGCAGAACUCGGCACUUAUUCAGGAACCGUGGA